AUGCCGGGCGUCGUUGAGGCCUUCGCCGGCCCAUCCGCGCCGGGCCAGGGAUUCACCGUCGCUCACCAGAAGGUGGAACUGGAAAUCGACUUCCUCAACAAGAGUCUCAAGGGCAAAACCGAAAUCACGAUCCAUCCGCUUUACAAGGACCUCCGCGUUAUUCGGUUGAACUUCCGUCAGGGCGAGCUGAAGCGUUUGAAUAUCAACGGAAAGGCACCUACGAUUAAAUAUGUCGACCCCUACGACUCGCUCCAGCUCUAUGGCCCUCACUACCAUCAGCGGCUCUCGCACAAGAUAGAUGGCCUGCUCAAAUCCCCGCCGGAACCUGAUCUCCUCCUGACAAUCCCCAAAAGCGUCAGGAUCGACGAACUGGACCCAUCUUCGAUCGAAGCGCAAGAUCAGAUGGCAUUACGUGGAUCCGGAUCUGUUGAUGACCUUGGUGGACCUCUCAGUUCGACAGGGAUACAGUUCGCGGCGCUCACGGUCUAUAUUGAGUUCACCAUUGACAAUAUUCGGGAUGGUCUUCAGUUUGUCGGAGUGGAAAAUAGUGACCGGCGAUAUCCACAUGCAUACACAACAAACCCGCUUGGCUACGGUGUCGGGUGCCCCCUGUUCCCAUGUGUUGACGAUCCCUCUUCGCGAUGCACCUGGGAAAUGUCGAUCAAAUGCCCGUGUUCCUUAGGAGACUUGUUUGACCGUAAAGGCCGCGACUCAUCCGGUGGGAACGCCGCUAGCCGGUCAAAGUCUAGCAGCCGAUACAUCUCUCCGGAUGACGAGAACUUGGAUAUAUCUGUGGUCUGCUCUGGAGAUAUGACGGACGAGAUUAUUGACCCAAGAGAUCCCAGCAAGAAGACUGUUUCUUUCGCCUGCGCGUCUCCUCUUUCCGCACAGCAAGUCGGGUUUGCGGUUGGGCCAUUUGAAUACGUCAACCUUGCCGACUUUCGAGAAAGCGAUCAAGACGAGCAACUUGGUCAGAACGCAAUCCCAUUACACGCUUUCUGCCUUCCUGGAAGAGUGGAUGAGCUCCGAAACACCUGUUUUCCGAUGGCCAAAGCCAUUGACUUCUUCUCCCUGACCUACGGUUCCUACCCGUUUUCCAGCUACAAGAUGUGCUUCGUGGAUGACACGCCAGAAGAUGUUCUGCCCACAGCCUGCCUGUCAAUAUGCAGCAACCACUUGCUGUUCCCUGAAGAGAUUAUCGAUCCAACGUACGACUCUACUCGCGCCAUCGUAUACGCUCUAGCAUGCCAAUGGAUGGGUGUCAAUAUAGUCCCGAAAGAACCUGCUGACACCUGGGUCACGGUCGGUGUGGCUUGGUACAUCACCGACACUUUCAUGCGAAAGCUCUGCGGAAACAACGAAUAUCGCUUUCGGUUGAAACAGAUGUCAGACCGAGUGUGUGAUCUGGACUAUGAACGCCCAUCCAUCUACGAUAUGGGAAACAUUUUGAGGAUAGAUGCGUCCGAGAUUGAAUUCAUUGCUCUCAAAGCCCCUCUCGUUCUAUUCAUCCUGGAACGGAGACUGAACAAGGCUAGCGGCAAGCCUACAAUGACCCGUAUUGUCUCGCGAGUCUUCCUAAAUUCCCGGAUGGGUGACAUACCGAAUGGCGCUAUCACGUCUUCACACUUCCAGAAGACUUGUGAGCGCCUGGGCCACGCCAAACUGGACACAUUCUUCCAACAAUGGGUGUAUGGGGCCGGAUGCCCCAGGUUUCAGGCUACUCAGCGGUUCAAUAAGAAGAAGCUGGUGGUCGAGAUGGUGAUUCGACAAAUUCAGUCUGAACAGCCAAGUACCCGGGACUUGGACAGGAAUACGUUCAUGCGAGAUGUGAAGGAAGAAAUUCGCGGAGUAUAUGCAGGCGCCAUCCAGCCUGUGUUCACGGGCUCCAUGACAAUCAGAAUUCACGAGGCCGACGGUACGCCUUAUGAGCAUAUCGUCGAAAUCAAGGAGGGAGUUACCAAAUUCGACAUUCCCUACAACACCAAAUACAAGCGACUUAAGCGGAAUAAAAGACAAAAGGAGCGCGCCGCAGCUGUCACUGGCACUGACCCCAAUGCAGAGACGCAAGAAGACGUCUUAUUAUACUGCUUGGGAGAUGUCCUACAGAGUGAAGAAGAAAUGCAGGAGUGGAGACUUGCUGACUGGAGUAAGGAAGAAGAAGAACGAAUGGGACAAGAAUCCUACGAAUGGAUUCGGAUGGAUGCAGAUUUCGAGUGGAUUUGCAAGCUUUCGUUAGUGAUGCCAGGUUACAUGUACCUUUCCCAGCUCCAACAGGAUCGGGAUGUUGUAGCUCAACUCGAGUCCCUACAAUACAUGGCGGCUCAACGAGAGCAUCCCCUCAUCUCCACGAUAUUUGUCCGCACGCUCAUGGACCGAAGGUACUUCCACGGCAUUCGAGCUGCGGCAGCGCGAGCUUUGGUAAAGCAUGCAAAAGAGGACAUCAAUUGGCUGGGCUUGUUCCACUUGGAGCGAGCCUUCCAGGAACUGUUCUGCAUUCCGGGCUCCCCAAUGACCCGCUCGAACGACUUUUCAGAUCGAGCUGCAUAUGCACUGCAGCUGAUCAUCCCCGAAGCUAUAUCCAAGGUCCGAGACAACAAUGGCAAGACGCCAAUGCGCGUGAAGCGCUUUUUAUAUGACAAACUGAGGUUCAAUGAUAACUCGAACAACGAGUAUUCGGACAACUUCUACGUCGCAACGCUGAUGCAGUCGCUCUGUCAUGCCCUGCUUGGGAAAGUCGAGACCCGGUCCGAAGAUCUGGACGACAACUUUGACAUGGAGCGCGUACUGGAAGCCCAGGCGGAAGAGCAGCUGGAAAGGGAUGCUCUGGCCGAGAUUGAUAGGUACCGAAGAAUGGAUGAAUGGUCAAGUUCAUACCAAAAUGUCUAUUCUCGGGCUGCCUUGCGUUGCCAAAUGCAAUUGAUGCAAGCCAACAUCCUCGACAUGGAUGUUAUGCAAUUCUUACCUUACACUCGCGCGGGCACCUACGAUCUCCUCCGCUUGGACGCAUUCGAGUGCCUUGUGGAAACAGAUGUCUUCAGGAGCCCCGAGCUCCUGAAAUGGUUCAUCUUUACCAUGUCCAGUGAUUCCUCAGCUUGGCUCCGACGACGACUGCACUACUUGUUCGGAAAAGCACUUGCUCCAGUGGCAUUCGGCCGAGAAGAGCCAAAAAAGGCGGAUGCCCCUGGUGAUGGCUUGAUCAUCGAACAAGAAUCCUCCACAGAAGUCCGUCAAGCCGACCUAGCACGGCGACAGACCGUGACCGGGGCAAUCGCGGCAUUAAAGAUGGAAGUAUCCGGCGAUCAGGUCCUGAAAGAGUCUCUCUGGGCUGCGUGCAAUUCCCCCUUUAUUGGCCUGUUGGAGCUUUCGGAAUUUACCGAUCUCUCCAGGGUGCUAUAUGACCCGAUUACUUCGAGAAUGGUGGCACUGAAGUAUCCGCGAUACUGGCAAGUGAAACAUCUCGGAAAAGGUCGUAUGCACUUUUCCAGGUCCAACAAGAUCCGCACGACGCUCCAUCCCCAAAAGGACUCAACGUCGGCAAAGCGCAAACGCGAGGAUCAGGGAAUGCCUCCCCCCGGCCCUCGUAUCACAUUCAAACAGUCGAAGCUUGGCCCCAGCACUCCGUCUACGAGUCAACCCUCAAGCCAACCAAUCCCCAAGUUACAUAUCCCCAAUUUCCCUCCUCCUGCACCCCCAACACAGCCUCAUCCGGGUACACCCUCCACCCCAUCAACUCCCGGUGGCGGACUGAAGUUGAAGCUGAAGUUCGGCCAGAAACCAAAAUAA